UCACUAUUUCUUCUUUCUUCCAUAAUAAUCAACAAUAUUUAAUUAAAUCUCAAGCUUGAAAUGAUCAUAACUUACUCUCUAUAAUUUCUUUACCAAGCAUACUGAUUUUUUAAUUGUCAACCUAGGUUGCACAAUUAAAUAUUUUGAUACUAUGAUGUCAAAUGAUCAAAUAAUAAUCGAAGGAGGAGGAGGAGGAGAAGGAGAAGGAUCGUUAUCAAGAUCAUCAACCACUAUACUUAUAGCACCAUCUGACGAUCAUCAUCAUCAGCUACCAUCAGUACCAGUACCGCCUCAACUGAGUCGAUAUGAGUCUCAGAAACGUCGUGAUUGGAACACUUUUGGACAAUACUUGAAAAAUCAAAGGCCUCCAGUUCCUUUAUCCCAGUGUAACUAUAACCACGUGCUAGAAUUUCUCCGAUACCUAGAUCAAUUUGGAAAAACUAAGGUACAUUUACAUGGUUGCCCUUUUUUUGGGCAACCAGAGCCUCCAGGGCCUUGUACUUGUCCUCUUAGACAAGCAUGGGGAAGUCUUGAUGCACUUAUUGGUAGGCUUAGAGCUGCCUAUGAAGAAAAUGGUGGCCUACCAGAGAAUAAUCCAUUCGCGAGUGGAUCUAUACGCGUUUAUCUUAGAGAGGUAAGAGAUUUUCAAGCUAAAGCAAGAGGAAUUUCUUAUAAGAAGAAGAAGAAGAAGAGGAAAAUGCAAAACAAACCUACUUCUAGCAAUGCUCAUGAGACAACUACAACUACCUUUCAAUUCCAAUCUUCUUGAAUUUCUAUUUGGCUUAUAUGAAGGAACAAAGCAAAAGGUAAAAAAUCGCUAUGUUUUUUUUAAUAAUAAGAGGAUUAUUUGCUUUGUUUUUCUCCAUAUAUAUGUCAUAGUUUUCUGAUAUCAGAGGCAGAGUCAGAAUUUUUUAGUUUAUGAGUUCUGGACCACAAUCAUUUCAGUUUACUUACAUAUAUAAGAUUUGAGCCAAAGUUACUGAGUUCUGUUGAAUCUGUAAUGUAUACCAUGGAGGUUAACUUCAUGUUGUGAACAUGUUGAAUGUUUAUAGUUCAAGUUCAACAUGGAUUAUGAAUUAAAAGAAUUUUCUUUAUGAUA